AAUAUGGAUAAUGUUUUGGCGAAAGGCUCGGCGGGAUGGACCAACAAGACAGUAGCUCUCCUAUUAGUAGUCAUGGCCCAUUUGCAUCGUUCUGCAUUCAUCCCCCCACUACCUUGAUUUGUCUGCGAGAGCAAGGAAGAAAGCCCCGUGAGGAAGUGUAGAGUUAGUGAGAAUGUGCAGCCUAGAGAAGCGAGGAAAGGUGUACAUCUUGACCUUCGUGGGUGACGACGAGGAGCACAGGUUUAAUCCCGCCACGUUCGAUGCAAUCUUCGAUGCCCUCAAAGAGGUGGAACAAUCGCCGGACGCAGCAGCCCUGGUGACCACCAACGCAGGCAAAUACUUUUCCAACGGCCUCGACAUGCGAUGGAUUGCCGAGAACCCAAAUGAACUUUUCGACAUAGCCGUAGAGAAAUUAGAGAAGAUGUUCGCAGCAUUCAUGAGGCUCACCAUCCCCACUGUGGCAGCCAUCCGCGGCGAUGCGCUGGCGAGUGCCUUCAUGCUGGUGCUGGCCCACGAUUACCGCUUCAUGACUCAGGGGUGCUGUGACCUCUACAUGUACGAGCUCGAUCAUGGCUUGUACAUCCCCGACAGUAUCCUCGCAUUGAUUCGCAGCAAGUUGCAGCCCGCGGCCCUGCGCGAUGUGGUGCUGGCCUCCAGCAAGCUGAACGCGCAGAUGGCUUUUAAGAGAGGGAUUUUGGACGGCAUUUUGGAGGACUCGGAGGGGACUUUGGAGGCAGCGGUUAAGGAGGCGGAGAAACUGGCGGCCAGGGGUUGGAGCAGGGAGAUCUACGGUCGCCUCAGGUUGGCUGCCUUUCCUGGGGUUGUGGAGGCACUUGAUACUCAUGUUCCCUAUCGCCUACUUGCUUCUUUCAAGAUUUGAUGUCCAUUUUCAUUGACCAGUUCUCUAAUUUAGGGUAUCUUUCCUUUGGGGAUGGGAUUGGUUAUGGUAAAUGUUUUGUGAAAGAAAAUGUCAAAAGACUUUUGUUACAAGGUAAGUUCAUAAGGUUGUA